UUUGUUGGCGGAAACAGGGUUUGCUUAGCUGUGCAGGGGUGGGGGAGAGAAAAAUGGCAUUGGCCAGUGUGGCUACUCUUUGUAGAAGAGUCUCAGUAGUCCUGAAGGUUUCUGGGCCAUUAAUAACGGCUAAGGCCCCUGCUGGCACAGGGUUUUCUCUUAGUUUGUUACCUAACAGUGCACCGAAUGUUGCAUCCUUUAAUCAGUGUAGAUUACUUCAUACCACUUUGUCAAGAAGAGGCCUGGAAGAAUUUUUUGAUGACCCAAAGAAUUGGGGGCAAGAAAAAGUGAAAUCUGGAGCUGCAUGGACCUGUCAGCAAUUAAGGAACAAAAGUAAUGAAGAUUUACAUAAACUUUGGUACGUCUUACUGAAAGAAAGAAACAUGCUUUUAACUCUAGAACAGGAGUCUAAGCGGCAGCAUUUGCCAAUGCCAAGUCCAGAACGGUUAGAAAAGGUAGUUGAUUCCAUGGAUGCAUUAGAUAAAGUUGUCCAGGAAAGAGAAGAUGCUUUGAGGCUUCUCCAGACUGGUCAAGAAAAAGCUAGACCUGGUGCUUGGAGAAGAGACAUCUUUGGAAGAAUCAUUUGGCACAAGUUCAAGCAGUGGCCUAUACCUUGGUACCUAAAUAAAAGAUACAACAGGAAACGAUUCUUUGCAAUGCCUUAUGUGGAUCGUUUUAUCAGACUGAAAAUUGAGAAACGAGCCCGCAUUUCAGCAAGAAAGAAAUCUUUGGAAAAAAAGAAACAGAAAACUCUAGAAGAAAAGUUUCCGCAUCUUGCUGAAGCCCAGAAAUCAAGUCUUGCCUAAAAAUUUUCUAAUUUUUUUCUUGCAUAGUAGUCUGUAUACAAAAAUAUAUAUUAAGUGGCUUAUAAAAAAUUUUUAAUCAAAUGACUUAGCAGUUCUAAAGGUUAACAUGGCAUGUGAAUUCUGAAAAUGAUCUUGCUUCUACCACAUUUUUUAAAAACCAAGUAUAAAGGGCAGGGGAUUCAGCUCAGUGGUUCUGCCACCUGCUUCGCAAGCAUAAGGUCCCAAGUUUGAUCCCCAGUACCAAAAAAAUCAGGUAUAAAGUCCAGACCAAAUUGUCAUCUUAAAAAUUCUGACAUCUGUGCAUGCUUUAAUGUCACCUGCUGUCUAAUAGUCAAAGCAAAGGCAGUAAAGUAAUUUUGGAAUUCAGACACCAUUUUUACUCUUACUAUUAAUAGACUAUGAAGAGGAUGGGAACUACUAUUAAUCUGAAUACUUUCAUCAAAAUAAUGAUAGAUACUUGUGUUUAAAAGUAGCAAAUCAAAAUAUACAACAAU